AUGGUCGAUUCUGACUACGAGUCCGUGCUCUUGGUGAAGCGCGAAGUCUUCCUGUACACCCUGCCUCCGCGCCAAUCUACUCGGGGUUACCGUGCCGCUGAUUGGUCUCUCGACUCACCCAGCUGGACCGGGCGCCUGCGCGUGGUGACUCGCAGCGGUAGCACCGACACGACGCUCUACAUCUGCCUGGAGGACGCUGUAUCGGGCCGGCUCUAUGCGCAGUGCCCGGUGGAGGCCUUUCCCAGUGUGGCGGUGGAACAGGUGCUCGACUCCUCGCGCUACUUUGUCAUCCGACUGGUCUCCGAUGAUGGGCGCACAGUCUUUGUGGGCAUUGGUUUUGCUGAGCGAAGUGACGCCUUUGAUCUCAAUGUGGCCAUUCAGGACCACUUUAAGCACUGCAAGCGGGCUGCAGAAGCAGAAAAAUUCCAGGCGGAAUCGGCGUCGGAUCAGAGCCUGCCAAAGUUAGAUUUGGGUCUAAAGGAGGGGCAACGGCUUCGACUGAACCUCAAUACGCGUCGUUCCGGCGAUACCGGCGAGGGUUCCGGCGGCGGACGCGCGCGCCCCCUGCCCAGUCUCAAAUUGGGUACGCCCACUGGAGUCCCUGGUCUUCUUCCCCCGCCUCCCCCCGCUGGUGGUGGCGUCAGAAAUCGUCAGAAUCUGCGAGGCACCGUUGCCGAUGCACCUGUGCCCCCGUCAGUAUCACAACCUACUUCCCAGCCGACAUCGAAUGUGGAUCUGCUGGCAGGACUCUUCCAAUCUGCCCCAGCAACAGCAGCGGCGGUGCCAUUUCCUUCUUCUUCUUCUUCUUCUUCUUCUUCAUCUGUCAGAAAUAAAGCCUCAGUUUUCUUCAGCCCAAUCGUUCUGAACGGCGAGAGGAGAGGGGAGGGUGCAAACUUUAUUUUUGGAGGAGUUUACGGUCCUAUCCAUGGCAUCCCCCUCUACGUGCGAAUGAAUAACGCUAAGCGGUGCCUGUGGCAAAUGGGCAAGCAUAUUAACGCCAUUGAAUGGACACCAAGUGUAGACGGAGAAAAGACAACUUCUAUGGCAAAACACACCCACAACGGAAGACAUUGGCCGGAGGUAUCAGGGAUGACUCAGACGCAGCAACAUGACGCUCAAAUGAACUAUUAUGGGACAACUCUAGCAACCUGUUCCUCCGACGAAGUUAUAAAGCUCUUUAAUGUCAAAGACAAGAAGCAGAAACUUAUCGCCGAACUCAGAGGGCACCAGGGACCAGUUUGGGGCUUGAGUUGGUCUCACCCUAUUCAUGGCAAUCUACUGGCCUCCUGCAGCUAUGAUCGCAGCGUUAUUGUGUGGAUGGAACACGAGGGGAAGUGGGAGAAGUUCUAUGCGUACAAAGACCACAAGAGUUCAGUCAACACUGUGGCUUGGGCUCCCCACGAAUAUGGGCUUGUUUUAGCCUGUGGCAGUUCCGAUGGCAUAAUUUCAAUCCUGACUUACACUUCAGCUGGAAAUUGGGAUAGCACCACGAUACCUGAUGCUCAUGCGUCUGGCGUGAACGCGGUCUCAUGGGCUCCAGCCAUCAACGCGGACUUCAUACUGAACCCUUCGUUGAGCCAAACGGCCUGUGGUCUCCUUAAGCGCAUCGUUUCCGGGGGCUGUGACUGCCUCGUCAAGAUUUGGCGGGAGGAUCCAAGCUCCGGGGGCUGGGUGAAGGAGGCCCAACUCGAAGGUGGUCAUACCGAAUGGGUGCGCGAUGUCGCCUGGUGUCCCUCCCUCUCUCUCGCCCGUCAGCAGAUCGCCAGCUGUGGACAGGAUGGCUGUGUCAUCGUCUGGCAGAGUCUGCGACGUCGUGUCGGCUCUGACGUCAAUGCCACAGGUCUCCUCGGCACUGCUGUAGAGGGUGCGGCAGAGGAGGUCUGGAAACCUGUGGUGCUGGCCACAUACCCUGAUGUGGUGUGGCAUGUCUCCUGGUCCCUCACGGGCAACAUCCUUGCCGUGUCUGGAGGUGACAACAAGUCCAAGGAGUUCAAGCCGAGGGAGCUAGAAGGGAACAUGAUUAUGAAAGAUGACUUGUGCAAUGUGUGUGAGACGAAAGUACCCAAGAUCUUUGGAAAACUUGAUCCUGGGCGCAUCCAGAGGCCAAAAAUAGAUCAACUGAGUCGAAAAGUUGAAACAAAAGCCGCAUUUCCUCGUCUGGUAACGAUGGAUGUGGCACUCAAUUCCCUCCUCUUCCCCAGGCUCCAUGACAGUGGGGCGGGGUUUGACCUUCAGGCUGUCUGCAAUUUUGGGGUCUUAGUCGCCGUCAUGGUGGCAGAAUGGGUCACAUUAUGGAAGGAGAACUUGGAAGGUGCGUGGGUGAUUCUUAGUGAGGUUGCCCGAGGUCGACAGACCAACACAACCUCGUCGGGGUCUGGGGCAGGCGUCGGCUACGGAGCCACGAGCACCACCAUCGCUGCCGCAAGGGAACCCGCCUCCUCCACGCGUGAUUCAAUGGGUGGAGUAGGCAGGACUCGGGAUGCCACAGGGGGCCCUCUUUUGCCCUUCCAUGGAGGUUAUUCCUGA